CCCUUCUGCGACUACCUGGUUGAAAAACUGACAGGAAUAUUUACAUACAGGCAAAUCCCAGAACAAACACUCAGACUGAGUCAGAAGGUGACCUUUUUAAAGAAUGACAGUGAAUUCUGCCAUGAGCUGACCCCUCUGCUCUCACAGGGAGGGGACCCGAGGCCACAGCUGAAGUGAAGAAAGAGCAGCUUCACCAGAACUCAGGCCACUUAGUCACAGCCCUGCCCAGUAGCUUAGGACAGAGCCCUACGACCAAGAAGGGACUUCAGAGGGGGGGACAGGACACAGAGGAGGCAGGACACCCACAGAGGACGGUCUCCAGGGAGACGGGGAGGGGGUGCUGCUGCCUCAGAACAAGAGAGAAGAGCUCACACAGGACCUGCUCAGCAGAGAAGCCCACACUAGACCAGGAGCCCCCAGGUCCUUCCCUGGCCCCUGUGUCCCUCUGUCCCCCACACGAGCUCCAGCUGGCUCACAGCCAGGUGCUCAGGGUCUGCUGCUCUGCGUCCACCUGCAGCAGGAACCUGCACCUUCCCCAGAGCACCUCCAGGGCUGGGAGACGACUGGCCCAGCAAGGACCAGAACCCUGUGCCCAGGACGGGCUGAGGGAGCCCCGGGGAGGCCCUGGGAGGAGGACCAGCCCCGGGUCACCCUCACCUGGAAGGGGCCGGCUCAGGAGGGCACCAGGGAGUUUGUGCUGCGUCCUGGCCCUGGAGGGACGAGGACAGGUCAGGCAGACAGCAGAAGGGGUGAGGGGGCAGCACUGCUGUCUGAGCCGCCUGCAGGGGGCCCAGGCCCUCCCCACCCAGUCCUGGGGACAAGAGCCAGGCUCUGGGAGGGCAGUUCCCCUUCCUGUGGGCAGCUGAUGUGACACCCUAUGACAGGCAGAACCCGGCCUCCAAGUGGCCACGCCCUGUGUGUGUCUGUCCUCCAGCUCUGUGACCUCCUCCAUCUGGACCCUGGGACCACGGGAAGGACACACCAUGACCCCCACCCUCACGGCCCUGCUCUGCCUGGGGCUGAGUCUGGGCCCCAGGACCCGAGGGCAGGCAGGGACCCUCCCCAAGCCCACCCUGUGGGCUGAGCCAGGCUCUGUGAUCGCCCGGGGAAGGCCAGUGACCAUCUGGUGUGAGGGGCCCCUGGAGGCCCAGGAGUUCCGUCUGGGUAAAGAGGGAAUCUCAGGGCCCUGGGACAGACAGAGACCACUGGGGCCCAGGAACAAGGCCAAGUUCUCCAUCCCAUACAUGACUGAGCACCAUGCAGGGAGAUAUCAAUGCCUCUAUCUCAGCCCUGCUGGGUGGUCAGAGCAUAGUGACCCCCUGGAGCUGGUGGUAAUGAUAGGAUCCUACAGCAAACCCUGGCUCUCAGCCCUGCCCAGCCCUGUGGUGACCUCAGCAGGGAACGUGACCCUCCAGUGUGGCUCAUGGCAGGAAUAUGGCAGGUUUGUUCUCACCAAGGAAGGAGGACACCACCUCACCUGGACCCUGGACUCACAGCGACACCCCAGUGGGCAGGUCCAGGCCCUGUUCCCUGUGGGCCCCGUGACCCCCAGCCACAGGUGGACAUUCACAUGCUACGGCUAUUACAGGAGCGAACCCCAGGUGUGGUCAGGACCCAGUGACCCCCUGGAGCUCCUGGUCUCAGGGGUGUCCAGGAAGCCCUCCCUCCUGACCCAGCAGGGCCCUGUCCUGGCCCCUGGAGAGACCCUGACCCUCCAGUGUCACUCAGACGUCACCUAUGACAGAUUCGCUCUGUCCAAGGAGGGGACACAGGACCUCCCCCAGCGCCCUGCCCAGCAGCCCCAGGCUGGGCUCUCUCAGGCCGACUUCCUGCUGGGCCCUGUGAGCAGCUCCCACGGGGGUCAGUACAGGUGCUACGGUGGACACAGCCUCUCCUCUGAGUGGUCAGCCCCCAGUGACCCCCUGGACAUCCUGGUCUCAGGACAGCCCCCUGUCACACCCUCCCUCUCAGUGCAGCCUGGUCCCACAGUGUCCUCAGGGGAGACCGUCACCCUGCUGUGUCAGUCACAGAUCAAGAUGGACACUUUCCUCCUGUGCAAGGAGGGGGCAGCUGAUCCCCCCCUGCGUCUGAGAGCAGAGUACCGAGCCCCAUGGCACCAGGCAGAGUUCUCCAUGAGAGCUGUGACCCCAGCCCUCGGGGGGACCUACAGGUGCUAUGGCUCCCACAGCUCAUCCCCCUACCUGCUGUCACGGCCCAGUGCCCCCCUGGACCUGGUGGUCUCAGGAGGCCCUGAGGACCAGCCCCUCACCCCCACGGACCCAGGACCCCAGAGUGGUGACUCAGACACAGUCCUGACCUCCCAGAGCACAGAGAGGGUGAAGGACCAGGGAGAGGAGCAGAGGGGACCUGAGGACCAGGAAGGGCUCAGAGGGGCUCCAGAGAGUCCUGUGGAGCCACUGAGACCAUCAGCCCAGCGCAGAGCAGCUCAGACCCCAGCUCAGGGGAGUCGGGAGGAUUCUCAGCCUCAGCUCCCCAGGACUACACAGUGCAGAACCUCAUCCGGAUGGGCCUGGCUGGCCUGGUCCUGCUGGUCCUCGGGGUCCUGCUGUCUCAGGCUCAGGACAGCCAGAGAGGGACCCGAGGUGCAGCCAGGAGGUGAACAGGAGAGAACAGGGCACACUCAGAGGGCAGAGCUGGGAGCCGAAGGACCCUCGGGAGUCUGAAGGCCACCUGGACAGGUGGGGCUGCACCUGAGACUGUCCUGGCAGCAGAGGUGACUGGGUGCAGGACCAGCUGGGUGCUGGCUGAGAGCCUUCCCCACCAUGCUGUGUGCACCCAGGGCUGGCCCAGCGCUCUCUGCAGCCCUCCACACGCCAGUCCCCACGGGGAGAUGUCCGUGCAGCUGUGCCCACAGUGUAACAGGUGCUGGUCCUGUGGACAUGACUGUGAAAAAGCCACAUUAAAACCCUGAGAGUCCU